AUGGCAAGUGGAAAUCAGUCAUCCAGACGCCUCUCGGCCUACUCUGGCGUGGCUGGGCUCGAGCCCAAUUCAAGCAGCGCCACGAACUUCACAGAUCCGGGUUUCCUUUGCCAGCAGGCCUCACAGUUCCGCGUUGACGUUCUCCAGCUGCUGCUUCUUGGGCCCUCGCGCCUUCCGGGUGCCACCUGUGUCAGCGGGCAGACCUGUGUCAUCGACCUUGUCGACAGCUUCCUGCUCAUGGACACCUGCGCCGUGUCUGCCUCAAGCCUCGGAGGCCAGGCUGACAGGUCAGCCUCACUGGCGUCAUGGGGGCCGUCCGCCCUCGUCGGUGCGGGAGGAAUCUAUCGACUAUGUUGGUGCCGGAACGAUGCCAUGCUUCAGAAAGGCCUUGCCAAUUUGCAGCUGGACUUGCACCAGUCAGACGUGUCCUCGCAUUCUCGCGGGCUGUGCCAACGCCUGAAACUACCUCCACGCAGCGACUCGCCUGCAGUCUUCUCCCAAGAUGCUGCUGAGCAGUAG